AGUUGAGAAACAGUUUAAUCCGUUAACCAGAAAUGAACUCAAUUCCCUCUCCUCCACCUUCUUCAUCUCCAAGUUCUACAAUUCUCACUCAAUCCAAAAACCCUAACUAUCUCUUCAAAUUCAACCUCAAAGUUCCCAUUUUACCCUUCCAUUCUUCAUCUUCCCACCUCACUGCACAUGCACCGUGUUGCACUCUCAGGGACUCAAAUUCAGUGUUGGAGAAAAAUGCCCCUUCCUCCGAGCAGAGUACCCGAAAUUACAUUCCACCGAAAGACUCAAACUUUGAUGGAACGCUUGUGGUUCGCCGGCCGGAGUUUUCCGGUGAAAACUCCGGUGAGGAGGUGAAAAAGGAGAAGGAAAUUGUGAAAGAGGAAGCUAAAGCUUCUUCAAUUGAUGUUGGGUUAACGACAUUUGCGAAGAAGAUGCCGAUAUUUGAACCGGGGAGAGUUGAAUCAGACUCCAAAGAUAAGCUUUUGACUGUGAAUUUGGACUUGGCGUUGUAUAAAGCUAAGGUUUUGGCUAGAAACUUUCGUUAUGAAGAAGCAGAGGAAAUGCUUCUGAAGUGUUUAAGCUAUUGGCCAGAAGAUGGUAGACUUUACGUGGCACUCGGGAAAAUUAUGAUCAAGCAAUCUAAAACGAGUCAAGCUAGAGAGAUUUAUGAGAAGGGUUGCCAGGCUACUCAGGGUGAAAAUGCAUUCAUAUGGCAGUGUUGGGCUGUUCUUGAAAAGAAAAUGGGAAAUGUCAGGAGAGCAAGAGAACUUUUCGAUGCCGCAACGGUUGCUGAUAAGAAACAUGUUGCUGCUUGGCAUGGUUGGGCAGUUCUAGAGUUAAAGCAAGGAAAUAUAACGAAGGCAAGGAAUCUGCUUUCGAAAGGUCUUCAAUAUUGUGGACAGAAUGAGUACAUAUACCAAACACUUGCAUUGCUUGAAGCUAAGGCAAAUAGAUAUCAGCAGGCUCGAUAUUUAUUCAAUCAGGCCACAAGGUGUAAUCCUAAAAGCUGUGCUAGUUGGCUUGCUUGGGCUCAAAUGGAGGUGGAACAGGAAAACUAUCGUAUCGCUAGGAAAUUGUUUGAGAAUGCAGUGCAAGCGAGUCCUAAAAAUAGGUUCGCUUGGCAUGUCUGGGGCAUUUUUGAAGCUAACCUGGGCAAGAUUGACAAGGGAAGAAAACUUCUAAAGAUAGGCCAUGCUCUAAAUCCAAGGGAUGCUGUUCUCCUUCAGUCUCUUGCAUUAAUAGAAUACAAACACUCAAGUGCUAAUCGUGCUCGUGUUUUGUUCAAGAGAGCGUCUGAAUUGGAUCCCAAGCAUCAACCUGUUUGGUUUGCUUGGGGUUGGAUGGAAUGGAAGGAAGGAAAUUUGAAUACUGCUCGAGAAUUAUACCGAAAAGCUUUAUCAAUUGAUCAGAACAGUGAGAGUGCUGCAAGGUGUCUCCAGGCAUGGGGUGUUCUGGAGCAGAGGGUUGGGAAUCUUUUGGCUGCUCGAAGAUUGUUUAGAUCCUCGUUGAAUAUAAAUUCUCAGAGUUAUGUGACAUGGAUGACAUGGGCAUCACUGGAGGAAGAUCAAGGAAAUCCUGUGCGUGCUGAAGAAAUUCGUAACCUUUACUUCCAGCAGCGCACAGAAGUUGUAGAUGAUGCUUCGUGGGUUAUGGGAUUCUUAGAUAUUUUAGACCCUGCCAUUGACAGUUUGAGGAGACUCCUGAAGAUGAACCCGAAUUCGUUCAACGUGCCACCUGAUUCCAUGAGAAAUAUUACCGGAUCGAAGAAAAACAUGGUUGAUUAUUCUAGUGAGGAUGAUGAUAAUGAUGUGGACAAUGACAGCGAGUUUGAUUUGGAUGCUUUCAUUAUGGACAGGUUAUCCAUAGAUGUGUCCAAGCUGGAAGUUCAACUGGAAACGCCGAAAUUUCCUUCUACUAACAAAAUUUUGUCUCCAAGAAGGAUAUGGCGACCAAGUAGUAGAACUGCCAACCAAAGUGUAAGUUCAAAAUACAGGUAAUAGUUCAGGGUUGAGCCUUGCAUAGUACAUAUCGGUUUCUUGUCAAAUUAACUUUGAAUAGUUCAGUUGGGCUAUUGGGACUUGUUCUGUUUGUUGAGGCUGUUUUGCAGCCUUGGACCCAAAAAAUAGUCAUAUCACAUAGAACACAUGAGAUAUCUUGCCCUAUGCUGAACAAGGACAAGAAAUAAUUUAAUGUAAACACAGUAUACUAAUGAGAGAUAGUAUUGCAUUGUAUUCAAGGGAAAAAACUUGUUCUGGGCAAGGCUGUCUUCAAAAUAAACAAGGUAAAUGUAUUCACCUUAUAGAUUUUUGUAAGUUAAGAUUAUGAUGAAGGUUAAACUGUUGAUAAAAUAUACUGCAACAAGUUCACUUU